GCACGGCUCGGAGCGGAGCCAGCGAAGCCCGCGGCCCUUCCCCGGCCCCUGCCCGGCCGGGCCAUGCUCUAGCAGCGGCGGCGGGGCCGAGCGGGGCGGCGGGGCAGCGGCCCCCCCCCCCGCGCCCCGUGCCCGCAGCGCGGCCGGGACGGGAGCAUGCGGAUCCUCUUCCUCUGCCUCCUGACUCUCGCUGACUCCUACGGGCAAGCGGCACAGACGCGGUUCGUGGAGGAGCCGGAGGACCAGACCGUGGUGGCCGGCCAGAGGAUCGUCCUCUCCUGCGUGGUGCUCAACUACUCCGGGAUCGUGCAAUGGACCAAAGACGGGCUGGCCCUGGGGAUGGGGCAGGGCCUGAAAGCCUGGCCGCGCUACCGCAUCGUGGGCACGGCCGACUCGGGCCAGUACAACCUGGAGAUCAGCGACGCCGAGCUCUCCGACGACGCCGUCUACGAGUGCCAGGCCACCGAGGCCGCGCUGCGCUCGCGCCGGGCCAAGCUCACCGUGCUCAUCCCCCCCGAGGACCCCACCAUCGACGGAGCCCCCGAGAUCCUGCUGCGCGCGGGGACGCCGUACAACCUGACGUGCCGGGCGCGCAGCGCCAAGCCCGCCGCCACCAUCGUCUGGUACCGGGACGGGCUCCAGCAGGACGGAGCCGUCACCACCACGGAGGUGCUGGCUGACGGCAAGCGGGAGACGACGACCAGCCUGCUGGCCAUCAACCCCACCGACCUGGACAUCGGCAGGGUUUUCUCCUGCCGCAGCACCAACGAAGCCGUCCCGGCGGGGAAGGAAACCUUCGUCAAGCUCAACGUGCACCAUCCCCCGACUGUCACCCUGUCCAUCCAGCCCCAGACGGUGCAGGAGGGCGAGCGGGUCGUGUUCACCUGCAUGGCCACCGCCAACCCCGAGAUCAAGGGCUACAGGUGGGCCAAGGGGGGGGUGAUCAUCGAGGAGGCCAAGGAGAACAAGUACGACACGCAGGUGGACUACACCUUCUUCACCGAGCCCGUGUCCUGCGAGGUGCACAACGACAUCGGCAGCACCAACGUCAGCACGCUGGUGGACGUGCACUUUGCCCCCCGCAUCAUGGUGGCCCCCAAGCCCACCGUCACCGACAUCGGCUCCGACGUGACGCUGACCUGCAUGUGGUCCGGCAACCCCCCGCUGACCCUCACCUGGACCAAGAAGGAAUCCAACAUGGUCCUGAGCAACAGCAACCAGCUGUACCUGAAGUCGGUGACGCAGGCGGACGCGGGGCAGUACGUCUGCAAAGCCAUCGUGCCCCGCAUCGGCGUGGGCGAGCGCGAGGUCACGCUCUACGUCAACGGGCCCCCCAUCAUCUCCAGCGAGGUGGUGCAGUACGCGGCGCGCGGCGACCGCGGCAAGGUGGAGUGCUUCAUCGGCAGCACGCCGCCGCCGGACCGCAUCGCCUGGGCUUGGAAGGAGAACGUUUUGGAGGCAGGGACGCUGGAGCGCUACACGGUGGAGAGGACCAACACGGGCAGCGGGGUCCUGUCCACCCUCACCAUCAACAACGUGAUGGAGGCCGACUUCCAGACCCACUACAACUGCACCGCCUGGAACAGCUUCGGGCCGGGCACCGCCAUCAUCCAGCUGGAGGAGAAAGAGGUCUUGCCCGUGGGCAUCAUCGCCGGGGCCACCAUCGGGGCCAGCAUCCUCGUCAUCAGCUUCCUGGUGGCGCUCGCCUGCUUCCUCUACCGGCGUCGGAAAGGGAGUGAGUGGGGGACGGGGAUGCCGCCGAUGGGGACGGGGACGCAGAAGGUUGGGAGGGGAUGGAUGGCAUGGGGUGGGGAUGUGGACGAGGAUGAGGAUGGCAUGGAGAUGGGGACAGGGGCCAGGACAAGAAUAGGGAUAAGAACAGGAAUGGGGCAUGAAAAAAGGGAAGCACGGAAGAGGGAAGGAGCCGGGUCCUCGCCCGGCCCACCCCAGCCACCCUCCCCUCCCACCCCCCCCCCCCCAUCCCCGCAGGACCCCACCAACGGCUACUACAACGUCCGUGCCCACGAGGACCGCCCGGCCUCCCGCACCGUCCUGUACGCCGACUACCGCACGCCGGGGCCGGGGCGCUACGAGGCUCGUCCCCCCUCCCGCCUGUCCCACUCGAGCGGCUACGCGCAGCUCAACACCUACAGCCGCGGCCCCGCGUCCGACUACAGCGCCGAGGCGGCCGCGGGCACCGGGGCUCCCCCGGGCACGGCGGGGGGCGAGACGGCCAGCCAGCUCUCCUACGAGAACUACGGGGGUCACGCCGCCUACCCGGCCGGCGGCGGCUACGGCGGCUACCGGCUGGGCUACGGGCAGCCCCCCAGCCUGGAGCGGGCGCCCUACGACGCCUACGACCCCAUGGGCAAGUACGCCAGCGCCACCCGCUUCUCCUACACCUCCCAGCACUCGGACUACGGGCAGCGCUUCCAGCAGCGGAUGCAGACGCACGUCUAGGGGUGGGGGGGGGGCGGCGGCGGGGCCCCGGCGACUGUCCCCUGAUAUUCAGGGGCUCAUCCUGACCCCCCGCUCCACCCCCAUCUCCUCCUCGCCCCGAUUACUCCGUGCGCCGGGUCCCUUCUCUUCGAGCUUCCAGUCCCCCGCUGGGAUAGCGGUCGUCUUCGCGGUACCUUCCCCAAGGGGCGCGGGGCGUCCUCCUCCUGGCCCCGUGCCCCCCGUCCCGGACCCCCUUCCCCGUUCCCGGCUCGGCUGGGAAGGGGGGAGCCCGGAGCCUUCCCCGAUGGGGGCUCAGCCCCGCACACCCCGGCCAGCACCGCCCGUCCCAUGGCACACGUGUGGCCGUGGAUGUAGGCGCUGUGCCUGGCUUCUGUUUUCUCCCCAAAAUGCCCCAGCCCAGCCUGUUCCCGUUCCCUGUGCCUUGACUUUUUGGGGUUGGCCCGCGCUGGGGGCCGGCUCCCUCCCGUCCGUCCCACCAAGCCCCCGCUCCCACCCUGCCCCGAGCCGGUGAGCAGGGGGCACCCCGCUCACCCUGGGGGUCCCGGUACGGCGAGCCCCCAAAAACACCCCCAUGCCAAGGGGACGGGGGGGCCUCAGUGAAUGUAUUACAGGGAUGGGGGGUAGGGGCAGCUGCUGGACCCUGAGGCUGGGCGAAGGAUUUCGGUCCCCAGAUGGGCACCGGGACCCCAGAACAAGGGGGACCCCAGAACAAGGGGGACCCCAGAACAAGGGGGACCCCAGAGUUCCCCCGGGAGCAGGGAGCUGGGGCUCUGGCUGGGGCACGAGGGAUUUCGGGGGCACUUUGUGAGCUCGAUGCUGGGGAGGUUUAGGGGGGAAUUCGGCUUCCCAGCUGCAUCCUGCCCAGCCCAGCUCUCGGUACCGGCACCCGCCAGAUUCUGGGGGGGGGGGGGGUCCCCGUGGACCCCUGGGAUUAGGUACGAAGCACCCUCCCUGCCUGCCUGGCUCUGCCGUGGGGAUCGGGGCGAGCGUGGUGGGCCCCCAUCCUGCAGAGCCUCCUCCUCCUCCUCUUCCUCCUCGCUGCGGAGCCGGCCCCGCGGCAAGCAGGUACGAUUCGGCCGCAGGACGGUUCGGGAAGGAAGGGGCACGGCACUGGGGUGGGGGGGGGG